CAUGUUUUUUUUAUAUAAAAAUGUGUUUAUUCGUCGAAGCGUUUAAAUUUAGUAAUGAAGCUUUAAGUGAUAAUGACAAAGUAAAGCACUUGCAUGUCUUUACGCCUAACCAAGCUACCACCAUGGCAUGGAGACAUGGGUCAGUAAGAUGAUCAAUUCCAACAAAUAAUUCAGUUACCUGAAUUCUGAUUGCAGAGCGCUGUAUGUGAUGUAUCAUACAAUCAAUACUUGAAAACACAGUGCUUUUUUACCUGUUGAUGAUUGUAUAUGCAGUCGACUAUAACAUACGCAAAGUAUGUCGGUAACGUUUCCAAUGGAUGCGAGUAAACAUAAGAAUAACAUCCUAAAAAGAUCAUGCACUAGAAUGUGCUGUGUAUAUAUCGUGUACAACGUUAAAUCCGCUCUUUAGAGACGCUCAACAUCAUGGGGUCCUGCCAGAGUAACGUACUGGUGACAGACAGCUCGCAGUUUGAGUACCAGAUCGGUGUGAAAACUGGGGACCGCAAGGGGGCGGGUACGGACGCCAACGUAACAGUUGUUCUACAUAACGAUGACGGACAGUCAACAGGCCAACUUCAUCUGGACAAAUUCCUAAAAAAUGACUUCGAAAAGGGCAAAAAGGAUUGCUUUAAAGCGGUAGCGUCUUUUAUGAGCGUGAUUGACUUCAUAGAAGUAUGGCGAGAUGAUGCUGGAAUAAAAGAUGAGUGGUUCCUCGAGUCGAUGGAAGUGUACUGCAAGUUCUCAAACAAAACGUACGUGUUCCCUUUCUUACGCUGGAUAAAAGAGGGUUACCAUUACAAGAUCCGCCAUCUUGACACGUCACUUCCUCAACAUGACCCUCAAAAGGAACAGCGGCUUAUGGAGCUGAACGAUAAAAAGUCGACCUACCAGAUGACGGUCAAAAUUCCUGGGCUCCCGAUACAGGCGAAAGAAAUACCAGAAGAUGAAAAGUUUUCCUCUGACUACCAGUUUGAUCUGGUGAAGCUUGUUGCAGAGAUUACAAUAAAAGGCAAAAUCGUGAAGGUUGUGAGUGGUGACUGGGACAGCCUAGAGGACCUUGGAAACAUCUAUAAGUCAGAUGUAUUUUCUAAGCCUUCGCCUCUGGCGGAUGGUACGUGGGAUACAGACGAAUAUUUCGGAUUCCAGCGGAUUGGUCGGAUCAACAAUUCACUAAUUGCACUCUGCACAGAGAUCCCAAACAAACUUGCUGUGACUGCAGAAAUGCUUAAACCCUUCUUAGAAGGCUCCAAACUGCCAGACGUCAUCUCUAAGAAGAAGCUGUUUUAUGUCGAUCUCGCCAUUGUGGAAGGAAUACCCGUAAAAAGUGGAUUAACAGUUUGUGCCCCGAUCGCCUUAUUCUACCACAACAAAAAGUCUCGCUUGGUUCCCAUAGCGAUACAAUUGAAGCAGCAGUCCGCGGACGACAAUCCAGUGUUCCUUCCCUCUGAUCCAAAAUAUACCUGGCUGGCGGCGAAAAUGUGGUUUAACCUUGCAGAUGCUUCCUAUCACGAGUCAAACACUCACUUAGGGUUCACUCACCUGUUGAUGGAAGGAUGUGCUCUGGCCACUCACAGGAACCUUUCUCAAUCCCAUCCCAUUUUCAAAUUACUGGCGCCACGCUUUCUCUAUCUCAUCGCUAUUAACGGAUUAGCACUGACAACUCUGAUCAAUUCGGAUGGCUGGGUUCAAAAUGCGAUGGCCAUAGGUAUUGAUGGCGUGUUUGAACUUAUCAAAAGAAAACUGGACACCUGGAGGCUGGAUGUCGAUGGAACUCUACCCAAGGAACUGAAGACACGAGGGGUACUUCUUUAUUACAGCCCCGCGACAUACUCGGGGGAUCACGAGAUCCAGGCUUGGGCACAGGAGCUGGUUAAACCGAGGUCAGAGGGUGGUUGUGGUCUGCUGGGUGUCCCAGGAGAAGGAACUAUAGCUAACGAGGAAGACCUUGUUUGCAUUUUGACGUGCGUUAUUUUCACGGGCAGUGUCACUCAUGCAGCAUCAAACUUUGCACAAUACGACGAAUACGGUUUUCCGCCAAACUACCCCAUGACUAUGAAAGGGAAGCCACCCACCGACAAGAGUGCAUUGACGGAGUCCUGCAUCUUGGAGGCUCUUCCAAACAAGGCUGCGACUUUCGAGAUAAUAACCAUCACUAAACUUCUCAGCACGUACGACACUAACAAGCUUGGGGACUACGAGAUGAAAUACAAUUAUGAUCCAAAAGCUGAACAAGUUUUGCAACAAUUUCAGAAAGAGCUCGCCGAACAGAGCAAGCGGGUUCAAGCACUAGAGAAAAAACGUGAAUACUCCUUCAAAUGGCUAGAUCCGGACAUCGUUCCAAACGCUAUCAGCAUAUAACUCUAAAUAGCGUCAACGUUAUCAGAAUAUACCAUGAUGUGCGCAUUGUCAAUAUUGUCCGGAGGGGCAUUGAUUUCGAUGUUAACAUAUAAUACAGUCUCUCGAAUCGAAGUUAUUUAUAAAUGGCACGAGAAAAAAGGUACAUCAAGAUCACACCGCAUUUAAACUGAUCAAACACAUUGAAAUAUAUAUAACUUGCUAAAAAGGCUUGAUAUUCAAUGCUACAAACCGUUUGAGAAAUGGCAAAUUUGAUUGACAUUUGUGUUUGUAUCAGGUGUCUAUAUACACUAUGUUUAUCAUGUAUGAUUGUUCCAGUAUAUGGUUGUUUAUUCGGAGACCUGCAUAUCAUACAAAUUUCAGAAGUAAACAUAACAAAUACAUACGAGAUUAAAAGUAUAAAAUAAAUGAAAAUGAGCACUAUAGAUACAUAGAUAUCAGGAAUCCAAUUGUUAGUUGCCUUUAGAUCAUUACAAGAAAAAGAAUAAUAAUAAUUUUAUAAAUUACAAAUCAAUUCAACUCAAAUUAAAAAACUUUAUUUUUAAACUGAAUUCCAUCCUUAAUUAACAUAAACCUAUAUUUUACAUAGACUAACAACUGAAAUAAGAUUGUCCUAAUCAUGAGCUAAUACAUGUAAUGUAUGUAUAAGACAUAUGUUACAGACCUUUUAUGACAUGUCAGCUAUUUUAUUAACAAAUUUCCCCCCCCCCCCCUCCAGUUAAAGGGUAUUCAUAGUUUUGUAGAGCGCUAUCCUGUGAUCUAUCAGAAGUAUUAACUUAUAAUUCAACUAUAAUUUAUCAUGAUUUCGUUAUUUUCGAAAAUCAGAUUUGUCUUUAUACGUAUUUUAUAUUACAUGAGUACAACAUAUAUGUUAAAAAUAUUACUAUAUAUGCAUUCAAUAUUGUGGGAUGUUUUUGGUAAUCCUUUUUGUACAUAAAAACCAUAUUUAUAUCGAUGUUGAUAGUAUGUCAAUUAGUAACAAAAUGUUAAAACUAGCAACAGUUUGGGCCAUUAUAACAGAGAGUUGGUUGUUUUAUCAGGUAUAUAAUAAAGUAUAUACUUUAUGUUGUAAGUUAUGUCAAUUCUCAACUACACCUGAAAUCAGUGUUGCCUUAUCGUACAACGGGUCAUAAAGAAAUGGGGUGAAGUUUUGUUUUGAAUAAUAUAUUGACAUCGCCGCUUUCUGCGGUCAUUUCCCAAACAGAAAUAUGCAUGAGAAAACAUUGCUAUAAUUGAUUUUGAGCCCGUCACGUAUAUACGCAUCGAUAGAACCCAUUAUUCUAAACAUUCUUGUGAACACAGGUACUUCCAAUACGCACUGGAGAUGAAAAUGAAAAUCGUUUGAUUUUUGUUUUAGUUUUCGUUUUUCUUUGUCUUGUUCAUUGCCUUUGUAAAAGAUGUGCAUUGAUUAGGAUGCCUUACAAGUGUCAGCUGUAGGGACUUUCCGAUUAACUCAGCGGUAGAGCAUUGGGCUGGAGAACCAAUGAUCGCAGGUUCGAGCCCUAGCGACAACACUAUCUUAAUAACUAUUCCGCGUCCUUCUACAAACUGGUUCCGUUGACCCUCCCCGUUCAAGGUGGGAGAACCCUUGACGGGGAGUCAAAGAACAUGGGCUGGUUGUGUUUGAAAAGGGAAGGUGGAAAAUAGUGUAAAAGCUGUGUAUUGAUUAGGUUGCCUUAUAACCGUCAGCUGUAGAAAAUGUCCCUUUAGCUCAGCGGUAGAGCAUCGGGUUUGAGAUCUAAUGGUCACGGGUUCGAGCCCCAUGGCAGCACUAUCUUUAUCACUAUUCUUCGUCCUACUACACCUUUUGUGUCCUAUCUGUUUGACGUUGUAUCUACACCAAUUACUUUUAGCCACUGGUUACACGUUGUGCAUCUGCACGGUAUCUCACGUUGUCCUUUCCUGUCGACGAUGAGUUUCAAAGAGAAACAUGUUAUAUUCGAUGGCCCCUGAAAUAGAGCUUAAUCUGUUCACCACAACGUCAACACACACAGACGAAUUUGGAACUCCCUGUCGAUACAGACAGACAACAGCAGGAUUUUUAGAUAUCUUAACCAAAUGUAAUCUGAUACAACUUAUUUAGUAUUCAAUAUCUGUGAUUAAAUAUUGUUUAAGAUGUUACGACAUAUGCUUAGUAUAUUACAUUAGACUGGUGGAGAUCGCUGAUAAUUAUUUGGCAUAUGUAAAGAGACGUAUACGACGACAUACAUUAAGGAUCUUACAUAAAUUUCCAUUUCAUAUGAGAUUUAUGAAACGAGUCUAAGACUUUUUCAAUUUAGCGAGCCUCUGGCGAGCUAAAAUGAAAAAUUCGUGACGAGUUUCAUCAAUUUGAUAUUAAAUGGAAAUUUAUGUUUACGAGUGUAAGAUAAUUUUUAUCACCUAAUCAAGAUGUGUGGCAUUUAUUCGUGUAAAACAACAAUCUUCAUGCAAGUUUGAAAUGUAAAAAGCCGUCAUUUUGACUCCAGUG